GCGGCAGCGGGAGCAACAGUUGGUGCCAAGCCCCUGCAGAAUCUCGGCCAAGAGAUGCGACUUGACACCACCACCUUACUCACUCACCACUCAAUUGAAUAAACGGAAGAAAAGAUAUUCUUUCACCCACGCCAACUCCCGUCAUGGCCAAGGACAGCAUACCACAAAUCCACUCGCUGGACAAACCUGAGAAGCUGCAGGACCUUCUCAAAGAGGACGCCGGUGACGACUGCCUGCCCUGCAAAAUCGUCGGUGGCGGCGCUUUCCUAGGCCUGGCUGUAUACAGCUACGUGUCCGGGCAAUCGCAGCUCCAGCAACAAAAGGCAAAGAUCCUGGCCAGUGGCUCACGGUUCGGCAUGCGGAGCAGAAGCCUCGGUAUCACGGGCAUCUCACUUGGACUGGCCUGGUUGGGUAUCUGGAGGCUGGUCAAAUGAGUGCGUGGAAAGGACUCACAACUUAAUAACCCAUCGCCGCUCAUUUGUACGAUCCAUCGAUGCGGGAUUGGGGGCGCACCAGGCCGCUGGCUAAGUCUGUACUGCGGGCCAGACUGAACGAUGCCCAAUCUCACUCCUCUAUUAUGCGACGGCCUCGUCUAAUCGAUCCCGGAUAAGGAACAGCGGAGAGAGAUACGAUGUUACGAGUUGGGCAACACUGUGUACCUAGGCUAACGGGGGAGAGGGGACAAGGGCACCGACAUCACCUGGGUGAGAACCCGAGACUCACUCAUGUAAAUAUAUGUAUCAAUAUAAGGACACGUUACUAACAAU